ACACUUGGGGGUCAGGUGGGGGUGCAUGUGCGAGGGUGGGGGGAGUAGAUUCCUGCGUGGUAGGAGAAGGGGGAGACGGUAUAACUAGAAAAAGUGGCUCUGACAGGUGACAUCUGGCUGUGGGAGAUUGGGUCAGAGCUGGAAGUGGCCAUGGUGCUCUCCAGGAUGAACGGGUAUAGGGUCAGCUGCUACGGAGGGACCCGGAGAGUGUGUCCUGAGGUGAGUCUCUCGUGGGGUCCCUGAACAGGAGGUAGCCAGCUUAGAGAAGACUGGAAAGACAGACUCCGUUAAAUGCUACAGCCUCUAAAAUGCAGGCAGUCGAUGGCUCCACAGGACCGGGAGGAGCCAAAAGCAAGUCUUCUAGACAAGAGGAAGAACUGAGGUCAUAAAAAUAGCGAGGCAAACUCUUCCCAUGAGGAGACAAACUGGAAGGUAACUGUCUCCCUGUCUGGCAGGCAGAGGGGCAUUUCAGCAUUGCUUUCAAGGCAGAUGGUGGUUCUCCCUUCUAGAGAGAGAUGAUGAGGAGUUAGGGAAGGAGCAGAAGGGAGGAGCCGAAAAUGAAAAGAAGGGCUAUUCUGGGCAGAGACCCCCCCCACACACACACGUCUUUAGGAAGUAAGGACUUAUAAGUGCAUCUUCUCAUUUCUUUUUUCCUUCCCCAACCCCCCACCCCCUGCAUUUUGGUUUUCACUUAAAGUUGUUGUUGUUUUAAUUUCAGCCUGAGUCAGCUCUGUUAAGAGAAAAAAAGGAGGGAACAUGACUUGUUAAACACCAGAAUCAGACAUUUCUGGGGGAGCAGCAGACACCCAGGUUUGAUGGAGCUACUGGUGGCAGCAUGGCUUAAACUCACAGUCUCCCAGGAGACAGUGAGCUGGGGAGACUGAAGUCAGGUGUACUGAUCAGUCACCCUUCUGCACCUGACCUCCUCAUUCCAUAGGACAACCAACCAACCCAUUGCCAUCGAGUCGAUUCCAGCUCAUAGUGACCCUAUAGGACAGAGUAGAACUGCCCCACAGAGCUUCCAAGGCUGUAAAUCUUUAUGAAAGCCAACUGCCACAUCUUUCUGCUGAGGAGCGGCUGGUAGGUUCCAACCACCGACCUUCCAGUUUGCAGCUGAGCACUUUAACCACUGUGCCACCAGGGACCCUUAUUCCACAGUAGGUGCUGGGUAAUUAGCAAAAGAGAAGAAGGUCCUUUCAUUCAGCGUUGCUUUCAUGCUGACCAAAAACCAAAGUGCUUCUUUCCUGCCCUCCACUCCCACUUUCUGUCCAGGCUGGGGGUGCAGUUGAAAGAUGACAUCCAGGUUUGCCAGAGCCAGGAUUGGGCACAAAGUGGUACUGAGGAUGGAACCAGCCGGUCAGGCUGAGCCCAGGAGCAGAGGCCAGGGUAUGAAAGUUAGCCCAGGAAGUUGGCAUUCAAGGCGAGGCUGGAGGGCAAGCAUGUAGGAACCCGGAGGAUCAGGGUUAAGAUUAAAAGGAACAUUGCCAAGUUGGAGUUAGUCCAGAGAAGGGAAAAAGGAGGGUCAAGAAGUGUUAUUCCAUGUGAGAAGAAGGAGUGGGAGGAGUGGAAGAGAGAAGACGGUGGGAAGGGAAGGGAAAAAGGAGGGUCAAGUAGUGUUAUUCCAUAUGAGAAGAAGGAGUGGGAGGAGUGGAAGAGAGGACGGUGGGAAGGUGAAGGCAGACUCUCUCCUAGCAGCUCCCAAUGAGAGGUCCUAGUUGUCUGUAGACACCAAUAUGUGUCCAUUUUGCUCUUUCACGAGACAGCCUAACAAUUAGCGGAAGCCUUCCAGGUUUUAGGUUCUAGGUGGAAGCCUUCUAAUAGAACCAGAACCACCUACUAUCAGGUCGACUCCAACUCGCGGUAGCUCCAUGUGUGCCAGAGUAGAGCUGCACUCCACAGGGUUUUCGGUAGCUGACUUUUUAGAAGUAGAUCUCCAGGCCUUUCUUCUGCAGUACCUCUGGGUGGACUCAAACGGCCAACCUUUCAGUUAGCAGCUGAGAGCUCUAACCAUUUCUACCACCCAGGGACUCCCUUCCGAUAGUCAGAGACGUUUAAAUUGGAGUAGGCAGUUCCACAGUAACUCUGCCUAGAUUGGCACUGCCCUGCCGGCUGCUCCUUAGCCUGCCUAUCAGGCAGGGACAAUACCACUGCAGGUCAGUGACAUCCCUACUAUAUCGCCAAUAGUUACCGCCUUUUAAAUCUUUCAUUUUCCUGAGUUUGGUCCACACUGAAUUUGUCACUCAGAAGGAAAAGGGGAUUCUCCAAUCUAGGAGAAUAGCUCAAAGGCUUGAAAAAGAUAAAGCAUCAGAUGUGAGACUAGGGUAUUAAUCCCUGCUUGGUCAUCUAGGGCUGCUAUAACAGAAAUACCACAAGUGGAUGGCUUUAACAAACAGAAGUUUAUUCUCUCACAGUCUAGUAGGCUGGAAGUCCAAAUUCAGGGCACCAGCUCCAGGGGAAAGCUUUCUCUCUCUGUCGGCUCUGGAGGAAGGUCCUUGUCAUCAAACUUCCCUAAAUUUAGGAGGUUCUUCUCAAUGGAACCCUCUGUCCAAAGGACGCACUCUGCUCCCAGUGCUGUUUCUUGGUGGUAGGUCCCAAUGUUUCUCUGUUGGCUUCUCUUUUAUAUCUCAAAAGACAUUGGCUUAAGACAUAAUCUAAUCUUGUAGAUUGAGUCCUGCCUCAUUAACAUAACUGCGGAUAAUCUCAUCAACAUCAUAGAGAUAAGGAUUUACAACACAUAGGAAAAUCACAUCAGAUGAUAAAAUGGUGGACAAUCACACAAUACUGGGAAUCAUGGCCCAGCCAAGUUGACAGAUACUUCUGGGGGACACAAUUCAAUCCAUGAUAAUCCCUGAGGACCCUUGGUUGAGUUUUGCCACUCUUUUUUUCCCCUACCUUCUCUGGUGGAGAAAUUAGUGAAGUAUCCAAAAUGGAGAAGGAAGAAGAAGUCCAGGAACUGAGCAAAACCCACAACCCAAAGACUCAUUGCCAAAAUAAAAUGCAUUGACUGUAUUGGGUUUGGGGCUGGGUUGACCUUUGACCUCUGGUUUUGCUUGUGGUGAUGUCAUAGGGGCCACAUAGCAACAGGUGGCCUCUGCUCAACAGUACUCUUGGGCCUACUUCCCUGGAGAAGAGAUCACAAGAGAGGUUUGAAACCAUGCUUUCUGUCUAAGAUUUUAUUUUGAGAGUCAACAUCCCUCUUCUUUCCCAUGAUUUAAAAAAAAAAAAGGGAGCUGAUUAUGGCGAAGGAUACCUCAUCCAUGUACAGGAGGCACCGGCCCAUCCCUGGAGCCACUCCUUUGGGAAUGGCAUCCGGACAUGUCAAAGUGGCCAACGAAGCAGCUGAACUUCAGAGGAGCAGGAGUGUGGGUGGCUUACACCAGAAGGGGGACCCUCCAAGCCGCAUCAAGAAGCUGUGGAAUGAGUUAGAAUCUGAAGAUCAGGGAAAAGACUCAAGAAGUGACGCAGAAGAUAUUAGCUGUCAGACAAACCUAGAAGAAGACAAGAAGGAAAAGAAUCAGGAAGCCCUUGGAAAGUUGGACCAUGACGGUGAAAAAGUGGGACUAGAGGUUGAAAAGAGUGACUCAGAGGCCAGUGCCAAGGAGGAGCAGGAGGAAGAAGAGGAUGCAGACAAAAGCACUAAAGAGACCAAGGAACAGAAGCUGGCAUCCAUAAAGCUAGACGAGCUUCUGGAAACAGAGAAACCAUCUGCAUUUGUGGAGAUUGAUCUGGAAGACCAUGCUGAGGAGGUAGUUGCGUGUGCUGUGAAAGAAGAGAAAAGGUCUCGGAUGGACCCUGGAGAUUUGUCUGAAGAUGAGGCAAGGACCAGCUGGAUAUGCUGCAUUCCAUACUCAACCAAAAAGAAGACUAAGGAAAGUGCAUAGUCACCCUGGGCGAAGAAAGUAACAGCCUUUGGAGAUCUUUAAGAGAAGAAAGAAGGAGGCCGGUAUAAUGGCUCGUCGCUAUUACAGAGUUUUAACUCUUCAUCUGAUAAUUCACUAAAGGACAAGCUAGAAUGUAAAUGCAUUUUUGGAUCGGUUGAUGAAGACAGGACUGCUUACUUGUUAUUAUGUAGCCAGAAAUCCACUCAGCCAGCACUUCAUGGAAACUCUGUUGGGGCCAACCUCUGUGUGCUCUGGGUGCUGGGAUGCAGAGGCCCAUCCCUUGAAGAAUUUAGAUCUUGAGAAAGGAGUUACAUGCACACGGCCUGUAGGUCAAGUUCACCCUGGCCACUGACCCCUACUUGCACCCACUGACCCUGCACACCUUUGAAAGCCACCGUAGAAAUAAGCAGAACAAAACUGAUUAGUGCCUCCAUCUGGAAAAUUCUGAGUUCCUCUGUAGAAAAAGCCACCUGAGCAUAAACUGACCUUGGGCUAGAAAAAUGCCCAUCUUGUGUGGGAAGCCAUUCCCCAAAUACAUCUUUCCUACAGUCAUCUGAAAUACUUCUCCACUUUUGCCACUGCCUGGAAUUCCCUAGAUCACAACACUUUUUGAUUUAAAAACAAAAGCCAAAGCACUCUCAAGAAA